AGCGACACUUGUUCUCAAAAAAUAUUCUUUACUUAAUUUUUUAAAUAAACAAGAAAAUAAUACAUUCAUAGAACUUAGUCAAAAUUUUAUAUUCCGGUGAAAUGUUUUGGCUUACUUUGUUAAUAUCGUGUACAUUAUUCGUGUUUUAUUCAAUACUUACAAGAAAAUCGUGGAUAAUGCCUUUAGUUUACGAAUUUCAUAUGAAUUAUCUGGGUUUUCGUGCAGUGGUUGAGGACCAAAUUUUAAAAUCAAGAAAUAAGUUAAAAAUCGAAUCACGUAAAGGAUUUGUGGCCAUUGUUACCGGGGGAUCACGUGGUAUUGGAGAAUUAAUUUCAAAAUUACUUGUUGAUUGUGAUAUAACGGUUAUAAUUGCUUGUAGAAAUAUAAAAUCGGGUGAAAAUGUCGCAAAACGAAUUUUACAUGAUAAAAAUGGAAAUCUGAAUGAUAUAAAAGUUUAUGAAUUGGAUUUAGCAUCAUUGAAAUCUGUUAGAAAUUUCGCUGAAAAGGUUUCGAAUGAUUAUCCUGAAAUUAAUUAUUUAGUAAAUAAUGCUGGUAUUAUGUUUGGACCAUACAAAGAAACCGAAGAUGGUUUUGAAUCACAAUUUGGAAUCAAUUACUUAGGCCAUUUUGUACUUACACAUUUACUGUUGCCAAAUUUAAAGAAAGGAGCGUUAAAAACAGGAUAUACGUCGCGAAUUGUUAAUGUAUCGUCCGUUGCCCAUGAAGACUGUGAUACAAUUCAUUUUGAAGAUAUCAAUUUAAAGAAUAAUUAUAUUCAAACAUUAGCAUAUGGUCAAUCAAAACUUGCACAGAUUUUAUUCACAAAAUAUUUAAAUAAAUUUUUAAAAAGCGAAAACAUUGAAGUAUUUGCAGUUCAUCCGGGUAUUGUUGAUACAUGCCUAUUUGAUAAUGCGCAUUUUAAGAAAAUUAUUCCCUGGAUGACAAAAAUAUUUAAAAGUCCAGAACAAGGUGCCAUACCAAUAGUCCAUACUUGUAUAUCGGAAAAAUUGAAUGGAAAAGGUGGUUCUUACAUAAGUAAUUGUCGAAUUUUGAAAUCAUCAAAGCUUUCCAAUGAUGUUGUAUUGCAAGAAAAAUUAUUUAAUUUUACUAACAAAUUAUUAAAUAUAGAAAAAUUUGGUGUACCGUAA